AAUAAACCACCCAAUUAUGAUCGAUUACGUGUCUUUGGAUGCUUGUGUUAUGCACAUAACAAGGAUCGUAAUGGUGACAAAUUUGCCCCACGUGGAAUUCGAUGUGUUUUCUUGGGAUAUGCUUAUAAUCAAAAGGGGUGGAAAGUCUUUGAUUUGGAAGAACGACGACAUUUUGUCUCACGUGAUGUACGUUUUGUUGAAACCGAUUUUCCAUAUCAACAUAGCAUCACGGAUGGUGGUGAGAUCUUAGAACAACGGCAGAUUGACAAGGCAGCCACAUGGGUCCGUUUGACCCACUUGGCAGAUUCCGAAGAUAGCACUGGCACGGGCAGAACUAAUAGGGAAGGAUGUGGUGAUGACUUCCAUGCAGACUUACAUGUGGCAGACCAUCAAUCCGGCACUCCACCGAAUGAUACUUCAGCAACCACGUCCGGACUUCAGCCCAAACGAACGAGGAAGCGCCCUGUUUGGCACAAUGAUUAUGAUGUACGACUUAACACAGUGAAAAUAAACUCUCCUCCCUACGUUUGUGCUGCUCCAAAGGCCAAUUCAGCUCUUUCUGCUCACAAGGAACCUACCUCUUAUCAUGAGGCUGUCCGUGAUUCGCAUUGGCGUGAGGCCAUGCAACGUGAGAUCCAAGCUCUUGAACGCACUGGUACCUGGGAAGUGCAGUCUUUGCCGCCUGGUAAGAAAGCCAUUUUUUGUAAAUGGGUGUUCAAAAUAAAAUAUAACACUGACGGCAGCAUAGCUAGGUACAAGGCACGUUUGGUUGUUUGUGGUAAUAGACAGGUACAUGGCAUUGAUUAUUCGGAGACUUUUGCUCCGGUGGCGAAAAUGGUAACUGUGCGUACCAUAAUGGCAGUCGCCUCUGUUCGACAUUGGGAGAUUCAUCAGAUGGACGUUGACAAUGCAUUUUUGCAUGGCGAUUUACGUGAGGAGGUGUAUAUGCAUUUGCCUCCUGGAUACACCGCCUCGGGGUCAGGCAAGGUAUGCCGU